AUGUCCUCAUCUCGGGAAUUACCAGAUGAUCAUGAGAUCCGCGACGUAAUAAUCAUCGGUGCAGGACCAUGCGGCCUCGCCGUUGCCGCACGCCUAAGCGAAGAAACACCAUCGGCAGUAUUCACAGACGAAGAACAUCAGCGCUACCACUGGAUCAAGAAGCAUAGCGGAAAGAUGAAUCUGGUACAAGCACGACAUGGCAAGAUCAAAGGAGUGCGAGCCGUAAAAUGGGACAGUGAGCGUGGAUGUCCUUGUGAUGAUGGCCAGCAACGGCGUACCUCAACUGAAUCUAUAUCUUCUGUGCCAUCACUGUCGUCCGCCUCGUCAACCUCGUCGACAUCAUCGACAUCAUCGAUUUCAACUCUCGUUCUCGACGGCUCUGGUGAUAAAUGGAUGCAACGGUGGAACAAUGCGUUCCGCACGCUGGAAAUCAAACAGCUCCGCAGCCCGAUGUUUUUCCAUGUUGAUCCCGGGGAUCGGGAUGGCAUGCUGGCUUAUGCACAGGAGCAGGGGCGGGAUUCAGAUCUCUGGGAAAUCCCCGGAUGCGUUGGGAAGGAGAUGAGCAAGCAUAAGAAGAAGAAGAGGAGGCAGGGUGGAAAAACUCAAACCAUUGGAGGUGAGAUUGAUGAACGAGAUCGGAAAGAUUACUUCUCUCCUUCCACGGAUCUUUUUUCGGAUUAUUGUUCGUCGAUCAUCCAGCGGUAUGGUCUGGAUGAGCCCGGCAAGAUCUUGCAGCGCGAGGCCACGAAUCUCUCAUAUAAUUAUCUCUCUGACAGCUCGGAGUCGAAGGUGUUCACUGUCACCACCUCCACAGGAGAAAAGUUUUACAGUCGGUCUGUCGUCCUGGCUAUCGGACCGGGUGGAGCAGGUGUGUCGAAGAUUUAUCCGUGGAAACCGUCGACAGAACAAGAGGGCGCCGCAGCAUGUUGUCACAGUACAGAGAUCAAAUCAUUCCCCAGUCCCAAUGUACAGAACAAGAUCCAGCGACGACAAGAGACUAAUGUGGUCGUUGUUGGAGGUGGGCUAUCAUCAGCACAGAUUGUUGAUAUGGCGGUUCGCAAAGGCGUGACAAAAGUGUGGUUCUUGUUGCGGUCCGGCAUGAAGGUCAAACAUUUCGACAUCAGUCUGCCUUGGAUGGGCAAGUACAAGAACUGGGAGAAAGCAGCCUUCUGGUCUGCGGACACCGACGAAGAGCGCCUUGAGAUGAUCCAAACCGCUCGCAACGGCGGUAGCAUUACACCAAGCUACACAAGGAUUGUAAAGCAACAUGCAGCUAAACACCGAGCCUCAAUCCACCCUUGCACGAAAAUAGUAUCCCACGAGUACAAUCCAGUCACCCAAACCUGGACCCUAACAACCGACCCACCAAUCCCCGAUCUCCCUGAAAUAGACUACAUCUACUUCGCAACCGGAGUGCGUGCGGACGUGCGCGAGAUACCCCUGCUUCGCGAGAUGAACGACCAAUACCCGAUCGAGGUCAAGGCAGGUCUCCCGUGUCUAACGAACGACCUGUCGUGGCGGGAUGACGUACCGUUGUUCAUGACAGGCCGCUUGGCAUCUCUCCGGCUUGGGCCCGGGGCGCCGAAUCUCGAGGGCGCGAGGGUGGGCGCGGAACGUGUUGCGUGGGGCAUGGAGGAGUUGCUCCACAAGGGAAGGGAUGUUGGUGGGCAGUGUGAAGGGUUCUGUGGGCUUGGGAAUCGGUAUGCUUCGCUGCUUGGGGAGUGUGGUGAAUGA